AUGAAGUGGUGCCCACUACAUAUACAACUGCUGCUGAUCAUCGGCGUUGCAUUCGCAGUGGAAGCAAUCGAAUUCGGUGGUUUAGGCGGCAUCAACGCGAUACAGCAGGUGCCGGUGGUGCAACAGGUGCCCAUUGUGCAGCAGGUGCCCGUCAUUCAGCAGCAGCCACAGAGCCUGGGACUGGGAGGUGCUGGACUGUUGGGUGGCGCAGCUGCUGGCGGCGGUGUGGGAGGCUUUGGUGGCUUCGGUGGUGGCUUUGGCAGCUAUCGUGAGAGUUAUCGCGUGCGAGGACGCGCCUUUGGCGGCGGCGGCUUUAAAGGCGGCUUCGGUGGCCUCAGCGGCGUUGGCGGCUUUGGAGCUGGCGGAUUUGGCGGCGGUCGCUUCCGGGCUCGCUAUGAUAAAAAAGUAAGCGGUGGCUUUGCUGGCAUCGGUGGAGCAGCUGGUGGUGGUGUGCUCGGAGCUGGCGGCGCUGGAUUGCUUGGUUAA